CGCGGCGGCAAUGGCGACUGCGUCAGGCUCUGUGGGGCUUCGUUUUUAAAUCAUUUCCUGACAUUGCCGCGGGAGCCGCGAUUGUCUCAGACCCGGUAGGCGGCAGCGGCGGCGGCGGCGCGCGUGCGCGCUACUGCUGCGUCCCGGACCGAGCAGCGGCACCGCAGCCCUGUGAAGUGAGCCAGCGUCAUCUGGGCCUUUUCUCUAGUCUAAACCCUGCCGGUGGGCUAGGUAGGAAACAUGAGCGGCAACAACUUGGAUGCGAACGAUGAGUUUGAUGAGCAGUUGCGAAUGCAAGAAUUGUACGGAGACACCAAGGACGGUGACACCCAGAAUGAUCCCAGCGGAGAAGCCGAUUCUUUUGAGCAGCAGCCGGCCGACACCCCCUAUGAGUGGGAUCUGGACAAGAAGGCAUGGUUCCCCAAGAUCACUGAAGAUUUCAUUGCUACCUAUCAAGCCAAUUAUGGCUUCUCUAAUGAUGGCGCAUCUAGUUCUACUGCAAAUGUCCAAGAUGCCAACACUAGGACUGCAGAGGAACCACCACAAAGAAAAACCCCUGAACCUUCUGAUCCUAGAAAGAAGGGAGAAAAAAGAAAGGCUGAAUCAGGGUGGUUUCAUGUUGAAGAAGACAGAAAUACAAAUGUAUAUGUGUCUGGUUUACCUCCUGACAUUACAGUGGAUGAAUUUAUACAGCUUAUGUCUAAAUUUGGUAUUAUUAUGAGGGAUCCUCAGACAGAAGAAUUUAAGGUCAAACUUUACAAAGAUAAUCAAGGAAAUCUUAAAGGAGAUGGGCUUUGCUGUUAUUUGAAGAGGGAAUCUGUGGAACUUGCAUUAAAACUUUUGGAUGAAGAUGAAAUUAGAGGCUACAAAUUACAUGUCGAGGUAGCAAAGUUUCAGCUGAAGGGGGAAUAUGACGCCUCAAAGAAGAAAAAGAAGUGCAAAGACUAUAAGAAGAAGCUGUCUCUGCAACAGAAGCAGUUGGAUUGGAGACCUGAGAGGAGAGCUGGGCCAUCCCGGAUGCGCCAUGAGCGAGUUGUCAUCAUCAAAAAUAUGUUUCACCCUAUGGAUUUUGAGGACGAUCCAUUGGUGCUGAAUGAGAUCAGAGAAGAUCUUCGAGUAGAGUGCUCCAAGUUUGGACAAAUUAGGAAGCUCCUUCUCUUUGAUAGGCACCCAGAUGGUGUGGCCUCUGUGUCCUUUAGGGAUCCCGAGGAAGCUGAUCAUUGUAUUCAGACCCUUGAUGGAAGAUGGUUUGGUGGUCGACAGAUCACCGCCCAAGCAUGGGAUGGGACUACAGAUUAUCAGGUGGAGGAGACCUCAAGAGAAAGAGAGGAAAGGCUGAGAGGAUGGGAGGCAUUUCUCAAUGCUCCGGAGGCCAACAGAGGCCUUCAGCGUUCAAAUUCUGUCUGUGCUUCAGAAAGGGCAGGGCCUUCUAGAAUAAGGCAUUUUUCAGAACACCCAAGCACAUCUAAAAUGAAUGCUCAAGAAGCUGCAACUGGAGUGGCAUUUGAAGAACCUAUUGAUGAGAAGAAGUUUGAAAAAGCAGAAGAUGUGGAAGAAGUUGAAGGAGAGGCUUCUGGAAAAGAUGCUAAAGAAGGUGGGCCUGAAGAAGAGGUCAAAGAAGGCUGCCCUGAAAAAGAGUCUGAAGAGAGCUGCCUUGAGAAAGAGUGUGAGGGAGGCUGUCCCAAAAGAGAAUAUGAAGAAGGCUGUUCUGAAAAAGAUUUUGAAGGGGGUAGUCCUAAGAAGGAGUUGAAAGAGAAUGGCCCUGAGAGAGAAUCUAAAAAGAAGAAACUCAAACGUGAUUAUGAAGAGAACGGUGUUGCCAAAGAGUCUGAAGAUGAUGACCCUGAAAAGGAGUCUGAAGAGGAGGAUAGCCCCAAAAAAGAAUCCGGAGAGGAUGACUCAGAGAGAGAAUCUGAUGAAGAUGGUUCUGAAAAGCAGUCAGAAGAAGGCUCCGAAAAAGAAUUUGAAGAAAAUGGCCUUGAAAAUGAUUUUGAUGAGGAGGGCUCUGACAAAGAGUUUCCUGAAAACAUUCUUGACAAAGAGUUAGAAGAAAAUGACACCGACAAAUCAGAAUUUGAUGAAGGCUCUGAGAGAGUGUUAGAUGACGAGGAAGGUUCUGAGAGAGAGUUUGAUGAAGAUUCAGAUGAAAAGGAAGAAGAAGAAGAAGAUAUAUAUGAAAAGGUUUUUGAUGAUGAGUCUGAUGAGAAAGAGGAUGAAGAAUUUGCCAAUGAAAAAGAGCGGGAAGAUGCUAAUGAGAAAGAGGAAGAGGAGGAUGCCGAUGAAAAGCUGUUUGAAGACUCAGAUGAAAAGGAAGAUGAAGAAGAUGCAGACAUAAAGGAAGAUGAAGAUGUAGAUGAAAAGGUAUUUGAAGAUGGCAAUUCCAGUGAGAAGUUUGAUGAGGAGGAGUGUUCCAGUGACAAGGUGUUUGAGGAUUCUGAUGACAGGGGGACUUUGGGGAAUGUGAAAGAAGAUGCACUGUCCACAGGCAGCAGCUUUGUCCUUAGUAGUGAUGAUGAUGAUGAUGAUGAUGAUGAUAUUUAAUCCCUUAAACUUGCUUUUUAGGGAGAGUCCUCCAUCUCCAUUUGCCUGUGCUUCAGGGUCAUUACUAGUAGUGUUAUAUGAACAUAUGCAUAGUGAUAGGGUGCCAUCUGAUUAAUGCAUUGAAGUUUUUCCAUUGUUACCUGUACCUAAUUAUUUUAAAUAUCUGUUAAUUGGCUGUCGAGUUAAAACCUCAUAGUUAAUAACGCAAAUAAACUGGAUACUCGUCCUUUUUGUCAGAUUUGUUAAAUGCAUGCAAAAUAAUAUUUUUAAAAGUAUUCUGAUUGAAGUUUGUGAUAUUCAAAAAUAAAAAUAAGCUGAUAAUAUGCAGAAACUAAAAAUUGUACUGGAGUUAAAUUGUAUCUUAAAUUCAUGCUAUUGCUUUAUUCAUACAAAAUCUCUUGGGAGUGUCCUUGUUUCCAGCUCAUGUUACCACUUGUGUCCCAAUUUCUCCAUUCUAAAUCAGAACAUGUUCCUGAACUCAUAAAGCAAACACCAUUUCAGAGUUUUUCCCUGCCCAGUCCUUCCACCAUUGAAAAUAUAGGGGAGACUAGCAUUCUUUCAUGUACUGUUUCUUAGCCUCCUUGCACCCCUUUAAAAGUAGAUUUAAUGAGACUGCUCCCCAGAAAAUUUUAUGCAUGCAUACUAUACAACUUCUGUACAGUUUUGGGGGGUGGUUCAUGGAUCCCCUGAAGAUUAAGAACUUUGUCAUGCAUACUUCAGUUUUUGUUUGUUUUUGUUUUAGAAUAAUGGUGCCUAGUAUUGUGUGAAGUUGUGUAGUCCAGUACAGUUGUGGGUCUUAACUAUGCUUUCCAACUUCAGUAUUGAUUACUAAUGAUGUAGCAGUAAGAAAUUAUUCUCAUAAAUUAGAAGCAUUAAAAUAAACUGCAUUGGUGCUCUUUCA